GGUUAAACUGAUGCAAUUUGUAUCUUCGGUUGCAAUCGUUCAGGUUUGAGCCGGCGCGAGUUUCAUUCCCUUUGCACGGAUUGAACAGCGCGCUGCAGCAGGCGCUGCCCCACCGGCCCACUGAGCAUACAAACCAAACCGGUUCAUUUGUCAUCACUUGUCAAGUUAGAGGAGUCGAGACAAAUCUCCAGUCAACACCAGCGCUGAAGCAGCAUGAAGGUGAUACAAUAUUUCAAGCGUGCACUUCACCGACUGCAGAAUGGACCGGGCUACACUUACACCGAACUCCUGAUCUGGUACUGUGAGAACACCAACACGCAUGGACCAAAACGAAUUGUGACUGAGGGUCCCAAGAAGCGGGCUGUGUGGUUCGUGCUUACUUUGGCCUUCACAGGCCUGGUGUGUUGGCAGUGGGGAAUCCUGAUCCAGAGAUACCUGGCCUGGGAGGUCAAGGUUAGCCUACGGACUGGCUUCAAGGCAAUGGAUUUCCCUGCUGUCAGCAUCUGCAACUCCAACCCUUUCAGGUACACAAAGACAAAGCAGCUGCUACAUCACCUGGAUCGGUUCACCAAACUUGCACUGGAGCGUAUUUCUGUUUAUAGUCAGAAUGGAACUGUUCCUGGUGAGCUGCCCAUAUUGGAGACACACUGGAGCCCCGUGGCAUCACUGGUUAUCAUCGAGACCAACGACCAAGGAAAAGAGACUGUUCUACAUGUCCUGGGGUCAGGUUCAAAUCAGACCCAGACAGCAACAAGUGACAGGACGCAGACAGUGAGCUACAGGCUGGCAAUGCAACUGUGCAAUGAGAAUAGGUCGAGCUGUCUGUACAGAAACUUCAGCUCAGUGCUGGAGGUGAUGAAUGAGUGGUACUACCUACACUACAUGACCAUCCUGUCAAAAACAUCUCGGUCAGAACGGCAGGCGAUGGGCGAGCAGGCUGAAGAUUUCAUCCUUGCCUGUCUGUUUGGUGGGGAGCCUUGCAAUCUUGAUAACUUUACCCAGUUGAUGCAUCCAAUGUAUGGGAACUGUUACAUCUUUAACUGGGGUUCUGAUGGCCAUAUACUGAUGUCAUCCAAUCCCGGAGCAGAGUUCGGCCUGAAGAUUGUGUUGGAUAUCGCACAAGAUGAUUACAACCCCUUCCUGCCCUUUGCAGCUGGCGCCAGGCUCAUGCUUCACCAGCCGAACACCUAUCCGUUCCUGCAGGACCUGGGCCUUUAUGCUAGGGCUGGGGCAGAGACAUCCAUUGGAAUAUACGUGGAUGAAAUAGUGCGUUUGGGUGGUUCGUACUCAUGCUGCACGUUUAAUGGUUCGGAUGUCAAUGUCAAAUCUCUUUUCAAUACCACCUACACCAUGCAGACCUGCCUGCGUUCCUGUUUCCAGGAUCAGAUGGUGCAGAAUUGUGGAUGUGGGCAUCAAAAUGACCCUCUCCCAGAGGGAGCACAAUACUGUAACCAACAGGACAAUCCAAGUUGGGGUUACUGUUAUUACAAACUGAGGGAGCAGAUGGAAGUGGAGAAUUCCAAAUGCUUGAAGAUCUGCAAACAACCCUGCAAUGAGACCCAGUAUAGACUGACCAUCUCUAUGGCAGAUUGGCCAUCGGAAUCCGCAGAGAAUUGGAUUUACUCCAUCUUAUCUUACGAGAGGGAUUUCUCAACUGUUUCCGUAAACAGACCAAGCAUCCUGACAUUAAACCUGUAUUUCCAAGAGAUUAAUUUCAGGACAAUACAAGAAAACCCAGCUUUGACGAUCGACUGGCUUCCCUCCAAUCUGGGCGGACAGUUUGGGUUCUGGAUGGGCGGCUCGGUCCUGUGCAUCAUUGAGCUGGUGGAGAUCAUGAUCGACUGCCUGUGGAUCACGGUCAUCAAGGGGGUGAAGUGGUGUUCGGAGCGUAGGUCCCGCCGAGCACGGGCGCACCUUUCCCACCCGCCGCCAACCGUGAGCCAGGUGGUCGAGGAGCAGGUGAACGAUGGGUUCCAGCCGGAGCAGGAAGAAAACCACGUGGAAAGGCCAUGUACCCAGGCUGUGCCAGGUACCCCACCUCCACAGUACGACUCUCUCCGCAUCUUUGCAAUCAAGCAACAUGUCAACGAUUGGGACUGAGCCGCUAGCGACCGAUGUUUGACCCACGUUCCAUAGACGUUUGUAAUGGAUUUCAAAUGGGGGGGGCUGGAGGCAGAAACACUUGCUUGAACCGGGGUGGCAUAAUAGAGCUGUCUCUGCAGACAGUCGUACCAGCUACAUCAGUUAAGAACAUAAUUUGCAUCUUUCAAGAUGCCUUAAAUCUCUUCAGAGGGAAUGGUAUUUAUUCACCUAUUGCGGGAAACACAACGACUGAUUUGCCAAGGGUACACACUCACAAAUCAGCACCCCAAUACCUAAGCAGAUAGUCCUUUGCAUUGAGGUCCAACUCAAACACAACUGUGCUACGGACAGGCGCUGCUGAGAAGAUUGAAACUGUAAUAGUUAGUCACAGGUACACAGAAAACUAUGAGAAACUAAGCAUCUAAUGUUCUACA